AUGAAUUAUUCCUCUCUGCUGGGACUGUGGUCUGCAUUUUGCUUCCUACAAGCUCAAUCAAAGUCAAUAUUGUACCCAUUCUGGCAGAAUGACACUAAAACUCCAAAGGUGGAUGAUGGGAGUUCCUCAGAAAUUAAAUUGUCCCUCCCUUUUAUAUUCUUUGGUGUUCCAUACAAAGCACUCUAUGUUAACAACAAUGGAGUGAUCUCCUUCAAUGUUCUUGUCAGCCAGUUCACUCCAGAAGCUUUCCCGUUAUCCGAUGGUCGCGCCUUCAUUGCUCCUUUUUGGGCAGAUGUUCACAAUGGAAUACGAGGGGAAAUCUACUACCGGGAAACCACAGAUCGGGCCAUCCUGAAAAGGGCUACCAAGGAAAUCAGGAAGCACUUCAGAACUCUCUCUUUCACAGCCACCUGGGUCUUCCUGGUCACAUGGGAUGAGGUCACCUUCUACGGAGGCAGCAGCACCACUCCUGUGAAUACAUUUCAAGCUCUGCUGGUUUCAGACGGGACAUCAAGCUUUGCAAUGUUUAAUUAUGUGGAGAUCACGUGGACCACAGGGACAGCGAGUGGCGGAGACCCUCUCACUGGCUUAGGCGGUGUCAUGGCACAGGCUGGGUUUAUUGGUGGAAAUCUCACCACGUUCUUCAGUGUCCCAGGAUCACGUUCUCCUGACAUUGUCAAUAUUGAAGAAACCACAAAUGUGAACAUGCCAGGACGCUGGUUAUUCAAGAUAGACGGGAAGGAGAUUGAUCCAGCUAGCGGCUGCAGUCAUAAAGGUCACUUUUUGCGCCAAGGGCAGUUGUUUUGGGAAAAUGCCAAUUGCUCCACUAGAUGUCGUUGCCUUGAUUUCAAUAAUGAAAUAUCAUGCCAAGAGACAGUCUGUGGCCCAUACGAAGUAUGCGAACCGAAGGAGAAAUACUUCCAGUGCCUGCCAGUUGAAAGCAGCACUUGUGUGGUCUUUGGAGACCCACAUUACCACACAUUUGACGGACUUCUCUUCCACUUUCAAGGUUCCUGCUCAUAUCUGCUAGCGCGGAAUUGCCUUCCAGGAAGUCCUCUACCAUUCUUUAGCAUAGAAGCCAAGAAUGAGAACCGUGGAGGUUCAUCAGUGUCAUGGCUGAAGGACAUCUCUGUUGAGGUCUAUUCCCAUAAUAUUGUCAUUCCCAAGGGAAACGCUGGAAAAGUAAAGGUAAACAAUUUGAUAUUUUCACUUCCAGUAAUUCUGGAACAUGGAGCCAUUAAAAUAUACCAAAGUGGAUUCUCAACAGCUGUGGAAAGUGAUUUUGGCUUACUGGUGAUGUACGAUGGAGAACACUAUGCCUCUAUAUCAGUGCCUGGCACAUACAUUAAUUCCACCUGUGGGCUGUGUGGGAACUACAAUAAGAACCCAGAGGAUGACACGCUCCGCUCCGAUGGAAGGCUGGCUGUAUCUGUGAUAGAUUUAGGAGAGAGUUGGAGAGUGUAUCACCCAGACUGGAAAUGCUCUGCUGGCUGUGUAGAUAACUGCAGCUUGUGUGAUGCAGCUAUGGAAUCACUUUACUUUACCUCGGAAUAUUGUGGGUUUAUAAAUCUUACCGGGAGCCCUCUGUGGGAAUGCGGCACUGUGGUGGAUCCCACUGCCUUUGUCCACAGCUGUGUUUAUGACCUUUGCGGGACCAAGGACAAUGGCACAAGCCUGUGCCAGGCCAUCCAAGCGUAUGCACUUGUGUGCCAAGCUUUGGGGAUUACGGUGGGUGAUUGGAGAACUCAGACUGGUUGUGCCUCUGCUAUACAGUGCACUGAAUUCAGCCAUUACUCAGUUUGCACAAGCAGCUGUCCAGCUACCUGUUCUGACCUGACAGCUCCGCAGUUCUGCAAUAUCCCCUGUACAGAAGGAUGUGAGUGUGAUAACGGGUACGUGCUCAGUGCAGAUUUAUGUGUUCCCAUAAACAAGUGUGGCUGCGAGAUGGAUGGCAGAUAUUAUGUGGUCGGUGAUUCCUUCUGGACAUCUCCAGACUGUAUGGUACAAUGUUGGUGUGAAGAUGGAGGGGAUAUGGCAUGCUUCAACACCUCCUGCCGGGAUGGGGAGAUCUGCUCAGUGGAGAAUGGAUUUCAGGGCUGCUAUCCAAGGCGGGAAAGCGUGUGCCUGGUGAGCCAGAACCAAGUGAUCCACACAUUCGACUCUGUAAGCUUCCCAUAUCCUAUGGAGUAUUCUUACACCCUGUUAAAGACUUGCCCUGACAAAGCAGAGUUUAUUGAGAUUGACAUCAGCAAGAAGAAACCAGACUCCGGUGCCAAUUGGUUGAGACCUCUAAGAAUCCAAGUGGCCAAACAAGAGAUAAGAAUUGGCGGGGGCAGCACAUCUGAGAUUAAGGUUAAUGGAUUUCUAGUUGAGCUGCCAUAUUACCUGCCAUCUGGUGAACUGGAAAUGUACCGUAACAGAAAUGGAACAGUUAUUGAGUCUGAAGGACUUGUUAGAAUACAAUAUUCCGACCAAGGACUUCUUCACAUCACUCUUUCUACCUUUUACUACAAUUGCACUGGAGGACUAUGUGGUUACUUCAAUGGAAAUAGCGACGAUGAGUUCUGCUUCCCAAACGGUAAAUGUACAGACAACGUGGCUGUAUUCCUAGAGAGCUGGACCACUUUUGAUGAGAUUUGCAACGGGGAAUGUGGAGACUUGCUGAAGGCCUGCAACAAUGACUCUGAGCUUCUCAAGUAUUAUAGAAGUCGUUCCAAGUGUGGAAUUAUUAACGAUCCCAGCAACAGCUCUUUCCUGGACUGCCACGCUGUGGUUAACGUAUCGGCAUACUACAGGACUUGCCUAUUUCGCUUGUGCCAAAGUGGAGGUAACCAAACAGAACUCUGUGACUCCGUCAGCCGUUAUGCUAUGGCCUGCCAAAAUGCUGCAGUAGACGUUGGUCAGUGGAGGAGCAGGAAUUUCUGCCCUCUCAUGUGUCCUGAGAACAGCCACUUUGAAGAAUGCAUCAUGUGUACAGAAACGUGCGAGACGCUCUCUUCCGGCCGGGUCUGCUCUGACACCUGCACAGAAGGAUGUCAGUGUGAUGAAGGGUUUGCCUUGCAGGGCAGUCAGUGUGUCCCGAAGAGCGAGUGUGGCUGUAACUUUGAGGGCCACCAAGUUUCAACGAAUCAGACUUUCUGGAUUGACAUGGAUUGUAAAUCCCUUUGUUACUGCAAUGGGUCAGACAACAGUGUGUACUGUGAGACUACACCGUGUAAGGAUGAGGAGUACUGCAUGGAGGAUAAUCGGCUGUACUAUUGCCAGCCACGUACAGAUGCAUCCUGUAUAGUCUCGGGAUAUGGACACUAUCUUACAUUUGAUGGGCUACCAUUUGAUUUCCAGAGCAGCUGUUCCUUGAUCCUUUGCACUACUGUGACUAGUGCUAAAGCAGACACUGUCCCGAAAUUUACAGUCACAGCCAAGAAUGAGGACAGAGAUCCUUCCCUCGCACUCUGGGUAAAGCAAGUGGAGGUGGAGAUUUACAAUUACAAUAUUGUCAUCUAUCGCGCAUACAAGCACACCGUUCUGGUGAAUAAUGAACGACUGUACUUGCCUCUGAAGUUGGGCCACGGGAAAGUGAAUAUUUUUGCCUUCGGUUUUCACAUCGUUAUCGAGACAGAGUUUGGCCUGAAGGUUGUCUAUGACUGGAAGACGUUCCUCUCUGUCACAAUCCCGCGCUACUUGCAGAACAGCACAUACGGCCUGUGCGGGAGGUAUAACGGCAAUAUGGAGGAUGACCUGCAGACUUCAAGUGGCUUUAUAAGUAUGAAUGUCAACGAGUUUGGCCAUAGCUGGGUGAAGAGAGAUACAUUUUGCCAAGUUGGCUGUGGGGAUAGAUGUCCGACCUGCACAAAGGUGGACGGUUUCUGGAAGGCCCAGCAGCUGUGCAGCUUCAUUCCCAACAGGAACAGCGUGUUUGCCAAGUGCCAUAGUAAGGUCAAUCCCAGAUUUUUCUUCAAAAAUUGCCUAUUUGACUCGUGCAUUGAUGGCGGAGCUGUGCAGACGGCUUGUAGCUGGCUUCAGAACUACGCAAGUACAUGCCAAACUCAGGGAAUUGCUGUCACUGCCUGGAGGAACUAUACGUCUUGCUAUGUCACCUGUCCUGCGUACAGUCACUAUGAGAGCUGUGUGAGUGUGUGCCAGCCUCGCUGUGCUGCCAUACGACUGAAGAGUGACUGUAACCAUUACUGUGUGGAGGGCUGCCAGUGUGACCUUGGCUAUGUGCUGAAUGGGAAGAGCUGCAUCCUUCCUCACAACUGCGGCUGCUACGCUGACGGCAAAUACUAUGAGCCCAAGCAGCUCUUCUGGAACAGUGACUGCACUAGGCGUUGCCGCUGCUUCGGCAGGAAUCUCAUCCAGUGUGACCCGCGGCACUGUAAGUCCGACGAAGAGUGCGCACUAAGGAAUGGAGUACGUGGCUGCUUCAGCAAGAAGAGUUCCUACUGCAUUGCCGCAGGAGGCGGCGUCUUUAGGACCUUUGAUGGGGCUUUCCUACGCUUUCCCGCAAACUGCGCAUUUGUAUUGUCUACAAUCUGCCAAAAGCUGCCAGAUAUAUCCUUCCAGCUAAUCAUCAACUUUGACAAAUGGUCCUCCCCAAACCUAACUGUUAUAUCGCCUAUUUACUUUUACAUCAACGAAGAGCAAAUCCUCAUUAGCGAUCGCAACACCGUCAAGGUAAAUGGAACACAAGUAUCUGUCCCAUUUGUAACUGGAUUGUCAACUAAAAUAUACAACAUGGAGGGAUUUUUGGUCAUUGACACAAGCCCUGACAUUCAGAUUCAUUACAAUGGAUUCAACAUCAUUAAAAUUACCAUCAGUGAGCGACUCCAGAACAAAGUCUGCGGGCUAUGUGGCAACUUCAAUGGAGACCUAACUGAUGACUAUGUUACCCUGAGAGGGAAGCCUGUAGUCAGCAGCGUGGUACUGGCACAGAGCUGGAAAACAAAUGGCAUGCAAAAAAGGUUUGUACUAAGCUGCAAUGAGCUGCAGUACUCUCAGUAUGCCUCCACCUGCGACAAUGUCCAAAUCCAGAAGCUUCAGAGUGACGGAUACUGUCUGAAACUGACGGACAUGAAGGGCUUCUUUCAGCCGUGUUAUGGACUCCUGGACCCGGUGCCCUUCUAUGAGUCCUGCUUUCUGGACGGAUGCUACAACAAUAAGAAGAUCCAGUUGUGCGGCUCUUUAGCGGCCUAUGGGGAAGCCUGCAGAUCAUUUGGCAUUCUCAGCACGGAGUGGAUUGAGAAGGAGAAUUGCUCAGGAGUGAUUGAAGAUCCUUGUGUAGGUGCAGACUGCCCCAACAGGAGCUGUGAGGUGGACAAUGGAGGAGAGCUUUGUGGCUGCAUGGAUCCCCCGGUCUAUGGGAAUGACACCCAUGACAUCAUCGAUGCAGAAGUGACCUGCAAAGCUGCCCAGAUGGAAGUGUCUAUAUCAAAAUGCAAACUCUUUCAGCUUGGGUUUGAGAGGGAAGGAGUCCGGAUUAAUGACAGACACUGCCCUGGCAUCGAGGGAGAAGACUUCAUAUCUUUCCAAAUCAACAAUACAAAAGGAAACUGCGGGAAUAUUGUGCAGUCCAACGGCACUCACAUCAUGUACAAGAACACUGUCUGGAUAGAGAGCGCAAACAACACUGGUAACAUAAUUACACGAGAUAGGACUAUCAAUGUGGAGUUCUCCUGUGCCUAUGAGUUAGACAUCAAAAUCUCCCUGGACUCUGUCAUAAGACCCAUGCUUAGUGUAAUCAAUCUGACCGUCCCCACUCAGGAGGGAAGCUUCACCACUAAGAUGGCUCUCUAUAAAAAUGCAUCAUACAAGCACCCGUACCGACAAGGAGAAGUAGUACUUACCACUCGGGAUGUGCUCUUUGUUGGUGUCUUUGUGGUGGGAGCGGACUCCACUCACCUGAUUUUGACCUUAAACAAAUGCUAUGCCACCCCAUCGAGAGACAGCAAUGACAAACUCCGUUACUUCAUCAUAGAAGGAGGGUGCCCGAACAUCAAAGACAACACCAUUGGCAUUGAAGAGAAUGGGAUCUCUCUAACCUGUCGUUUUCACGUGACCGUUUUUAAAUUCAUAGGGGAUUAUGACGAAGUUCACCUGCACUGCGCUGUGUCUUUGUGUGACGCCGAAAAAACCUCCUGUAAAAUUAACUGUCCGCAGAACUCCAGAAGUGCCGCUGACCAUGUGCAGGAUUCCAAGGAGCAAAUUAUUUCUGUUGGUCCCAUUAGACGAAAACGUUUGGACUGGUGCGAGGAGAAUGGGGGAUGUGAGCAAAUCUGCACAAGCAGACUGGAUGGACCUUUAUGUAGCUGUGUGACUGGAACCCUACAGGAGGACGGGCGAAGCUGCCGAGUGUCAAGUUCCUCACCAGAACAUCAUCUGUGGUUUCUCUAUAUGAUCAUACAUCAGUUGUCUGUGGUUGGAUAUUUUUUAUAAAACUGGACAAUAAGGAAAAAGCUUUUGAAUUUUUUUUAUUUUUUUUUAAAUAAAAUAAUCCAAGACUUUGGCAAUCUGUAGCCUUGGGAACCACGUUUCGCAAGAUGAAAGGGAGAAGGAAAAGACAUUCUAUAAAUGUAUGCUCAGAUAUUUUAUUAAAUGCAGUUUGUGUGAUUUUUUUCAAGCAAUAAAUGACUGUAUGUUUAACAAAUAUAUGGGAAAUUUGGCCAAAUCGGGUGUUUCUGGUUGCUCAGAUACAAUUUAAGGACCAACUAAAUAUAUACACUUUAAAUUCAAGACCUCACAUAACUUUAGCUUUUAUUCUUAUUUACUCUUCGGUAUAAUUAUUACUAUUCAGGUUUAGCCAUCUCCUAUUUGUUAAUGAAGUGGCACAUGAAAGUUGUACAUAAUUGUAGAACAACUUUGUGGAAUAGUUCUUGGUAUGUAAACAUGUUUUAUGCAUCUCUGGGAUAUGUUUCAUGCAUCCAAGGGACGCUCCUGGCCGGCACCCUGCAGCCGGUAGACCUGCAAGAGUGUCCUUAGGAGGCUUCGGGCAGAGCUUGGCUUCCCAGAGUUGGCAGCCCCCCCUCCCCCUACACUUGAUGUCAUGUCAUGACAUCAUGGGUUUAUGGGGUGGGGCCGGCACGGUGAGCACUGCCACCCUGUUACAGCGCUGGAGACACUGUACCAAAUACCAUAUUAUUUUCACCUGCAAAUAUAUUGGCAAAUUCAGAUGUACACAGAACUGAGCGAUGAGGUUUGCGUUUGGUGGUUAAUGAAAAAUUACAAUUCAAUUGCAAGUUGUUUUUUAAAGAAAGAAUCCAAAAUUGUGUUCACAAAUAUAUUGAUUGUGACUAUAAGGAAUCUCAGGAAAAGCAUCAGCUGACAUCACUUAGCAAUUACAAGAGGCACCUAAAAUAAAUAUGAAAGACGUUCCUCAGCAACAUCUAUAUGAAGAACACCAAUUAUUUUUUUAUUUUAUAUUUUAUUUUAUUUAUUUUUAAAUUGAAGGGUUAUUAAAAACACAAAAAAGUCCCAAAAGGCAAUUUAAGUAUAAGGGAGACCUUUGAGGAUAACUGCUAUAUGAGACAAGAUUCCAUUCCUGCAGUAGUAUUCUGUAAUAGGGGCAGCAAUCGGAUUGGAAGAUGAGGGAACAUACAUGUAUAGAGUAGUCACCAAACACAACACUUCAUUUUUCUUUUCCAUUCCUGACUUUCUGCACUGUAUACGGGUAAUCAUCUGUUGCAUUGGGAUUAUGUUCAUAUUUUGCGAAAAGAUGUAGCUCCGAUUACUCCGGAAUCCGGAACAUAAAGAAAACAUUGCUUCCCCCUAAGUGCAUAAAAAUAGGAUUGCAAGCAUACAGUAUUUAUGCACACACUCACUAAACUUAGUCUGGGUGCCAUCAACCAGGUACCACUCAGUUAUGCCCAUUUAGCCACAAGUGGCUGCGUACUACUCAGCAUCACCGGUACCUUCUUACACUUGGCUGUGGAGCUUUGCACAAUGCAAAAACACGCAAGAUACACCCACAGCCCCAGUAUACUUUCCAGUGACACACAAUAUUUUUAAUGUGUAGUUUAAUGUGUAGCCACCAAAGUAGUAUAGCCAAAUGCUCCAUCAGUAUCUCUAAUGGCAGUCUAUACUAAGUCCACGACACACACAUCAUUCCCCAAUUAUCAACUGUAUACAGCCCUGAGAUUGUCGACCAUAUACAUACACUCUCCUCCAACUGUCCACAAUUAUCACCACCCAUUCUCCACCUGUUGCCCACAGUGCACUCAAGCCGCAUCACCCCAAUUGUAUACCACCCUUAAUAGUCACAGAGGCAAGGUCCAUAAAUCCCCUUCCUACCCUCUGGGCUUUGACCUAGAACUUGGGACACAGACUAAGAGGUCACAACCAGCUACUCCAUGAUUGGUUAGCAAUAGUCACCGAUGAUGCCAUCAUAUGGCUGUGAUUCUGUUAUUGUAGCAUAACAGGGAUGAAGAGCCUCUGCUACACUGCCCAACCUUGGUGGUGUGCCAGUAGGGCAUGGAUGAUUUGUCCUAAAGGAAAUAAAGGGACAACACCCUAAUAACUAAUGUGGCAUGUCCAUUAUUGACGGGAGAUACUUUCUCUACCCAAAAUCUUUUCUUGUGCAUCAACUAGUUCCAGUUCUCCAUAAUUUCCAUAUUUAAAUGUAAUCAUUGCGGUGUAUGGAAGGAUGUAUGUUGCUCUAGAUCCAAUUUGCAGUGGUGUUAUAAAUCCCAGUAUAUUCUACCAGUAUUUGGUUGGCAGGGAAUAUUGGGAUUUGGCUAUCUUCGCUCUAGAUGAUGCAUAAUAAUGAUUUACAGUAUAUUUACAAUCAUUGCUUACUUUGAUGCCUAUGUUUGCGAAUGGUACAAGAUACUGUUUUAAGCGAUUAUUAACCAUCAUUGUCCUUCAUUGAAUGGAUAGUGUAUAGCUUUAUUUAAAGCAGACUUAUUUCCCAUCCAUUUACCUUCACACACUGAUAUGUUUAAAACAUUAUAUAAAUAAAUUGUAAACUGCCACUACAUACAUUAUUGUAGCAACACAAUAACAAACCUAUACCAAAUGCUUCAUAGUGAGGAAUAGGUGAUUAAACUAUAAGUAUAACAAGUAAGAACCUCUAAUAGAGGCAAUUAGCAGGAGGCAUAUUGGCAAUCAUGUGUACUAUGUAAUAAAAUGCUUAUAGAGACUGGUCUACUGUAAGCUACACUUGACUUAAACCUUUGUGUUAGAAUUACACCCUUACUGUACAGUGGUUUGCGUAUUAACUUUCUCAAUAUGGGGAAAAUGUUAAAGUAUUGUAUCUAGGCACCGGACCUGUACAUUGUGCCAUAAUGUGUAAAUAUCAAUAUUACAUCUGAUAUUUAUUGCUGAUGUGUGCCGUAUCUCUAUUCUGGCAAAAAUCCCUCUUAACACCGCAAGUUUAUGCUUACAGCUAAAGAAAAUAUGAUGCAAAAAUGCCAUAAUCCCGAUUUAAAGUAUUAAAUUAAUAAAA